AUGGCAACAGGAGACCUAAAAGGAAGUUUAAGAAAAAUAGAACAAGGACUUCGCUUGUUAAAUUAUCCAAGAGAUGUGGAUUAUACAGUGUUAGUAAAGGGUGAUCCAGCUGCAUUUUUGCCUAUCAUCAGCUAUUCUUUUACAUCUUUUUCGACUUACAUAGCAGAGCUUUUGGUAAAGUGCGAUGUGGAACUCACAGCAAAGAGUGACUUGCGUUUUAUUGAAGCUAUUUAUAAGCUUCUUCGAGAUCAAUUUCAAUAUAAACCGAUUUUAACAAAACAGCAGUUUCUUCAGUUUGGCUUUGCAGAAAGAAAAAUGCAGAUUGUUUGUGACAUUAUCAACUGUGUGGUGAAAAAACAUAAGGAAUUAAGUAACUCGAAUAAGGUUAAAUCCCAAACAAGGAAAAAACUCAGAUCUUUUAAAUAUGGAGUAUGGUCAAAUUGUGAUAAUGUCCUUACUGAUCCUAGUGGCAGUGCUCUGAAUUCCAAACAGAAGCCUCAAGUAGAACGGCAUUCAGGAAAUGAAGUUAGUGAUGACCUUCAUCCACUACCCCUUCCAGCACAGGGAGGUAAUGAAGAAGAAUUGUACCUAGAUCAUGAUAUUGUGGAAGUUAAAUGUGAACAAGUCAUAGAAGAUAAUUGUCAGAUUGAGUUCCUAAAGAGUCAGCUUGCUGACUGCCAGGAAAAGCUUCAUAAGCUAGAUUGCAUGGAAGAUAAACUACAUGUUUUAGAAGAGAAGCUGAAAGGAAAGGUGAUCAUAGAUGAGAAGGACUGGAAUAACUUGUUGAGUCGAGUUUUGCUUCUUGAAACAGAACUGUUGUUGCAAUCCAAAAAGAGAGACUUAUCUGCAGAGUUCAGCAAUAUAAGUCAAGAAUGUACUUCUAGUAGGAUUCCAGUUUCUCCUGAUACAGAGAGGAAGGAGGAGAUGCCAGAAAGUCUUCAUCAGUUGUCUGGAUAUAGUUCACUGUUACCCACAGACCCAUCUCCCAAAGCCAUGACCAUUAAUUCUCAUGGUCUGACAGACAUUUCAAAGGAGACAACAAGACAAAGAAUGGAAAGGAUAAGUAAAAUAAUUGAAGAAACCUCAGAAUUGUUGAAAACUUCAAGCAACACCUCUGAGAAGACCUGAAAGCACAGGUCUUCAGACCUGGUCUCUGUAGACUUACGGAUAUCAGAACUAAUAUGUAUGUUUGUACAGCAUUAAAUUUUUUUUAAUAUAUCAAAUUUGUAAUGAUCACCAGUGCUUUUAUUCCUUUG